AUGCUAAGACCUCGACCAGGAUCUGCUGAAGUCAGAAUUGCUCAGUUGCAAGGCCCUCCGGGUUCCAAGUUGUUGAAUCGUGGAGAGUUGAUGGAUGCGGGUACGCAGACGGAAGAGGGCCCCCCGGUGAAAAUCAGGAUCGACGUCGCCACACAAACUAGCGAAAGUCAACUAGAUAGCUACGAAUGCGAUCCUGGUGAUGGCGACACCGUGGACGAUGCCCGAGGUGGUAUCCUUGUGGAUACUCCUCCAGAAUGGACUACUGAAUUCGAGGAACCCCAUGGCUGCGAGACGUUCGCGGAGGUACAACCUGGACAGGAUGCUUCAGGAUUCACCCCAGAACCAGCGUUCUGCAGGCCACUCGAGAAGUUGGAGAUGGAAUACGAACACUGUAUGAGGGUAAGCGCGGAAGACCUGGACUUGGAGCCAGGGGUGUACAUACAUGAAGGGAGCGAGAUGCUGGCGCAAUUGCGGGACCAGUUGGUCAUGCUUUCAGAAUUGAGCGAAUUGCACCCAGAAUGUGACAUCGAUCAGGUCGAUGUUGGAGUCCCAGGUGAGACCUCCCCGAAGAUGAAUAUAGGAUGCAAUUUGUUCCUGGGCGAUGGAAAUGCCGCAACUGCUCCCGCCAGAGGAGUAGUAUGUGACCUCGAUGUAGAAGAGGCCAAACCUAUCGCGUUGCGCCCAAGGUCGAUUGGACCGCACGUGGCAGUCAAGGUAUACGAACGCCUCAAGAAAUUGCUCGAGAACAAUCUGAUUGAACAUUCCGAAUCGCAGUGGGCAACUCCGAUCGUGAUCGUGCUCAAGAAAAAUGGAGUUAACAUCAGGAUGUGUAUCGACUAUCGACUUGUGAAUAAUUUCAUCCAGCUGUCUAGCUACCCGCUAUCUCUCAUCGACGACCUGCUAGUUGGUUUCGAGAAAGCACUUUGGUUCAUGGGCAUGGAUAUGGCCAGCGGGUUCUGGGCGAUCAAGAUGACCGAAAGGGCCAAGUUGACUUCAGCUUUCGUAUGUCCGUUCGGACAUUUCCAAGUGGAUUCGAAUGCC